UUCUUGCUAAAGCAAUUUCUCAAUAGCACAAAUUCAUAGCAAGCACUUGAGCAACUAUGGGUAUAAUUAGGAGUUGCUUCUCUUUCAUAGCAGGGACAGUCUGUGGGGUUUAUUUGGCUCAGAAUUAUCAAGUUCCUAACAUCACGAAGUUAGCUGACACUGCGUUGUUCAUGGCAAAAGUUGUUGAGGAAAAAUACCGCAAGCCCAAGAAGAAGGAUGAUGAUGGUUAGUGCCUAACUGGGUGCUAUAUUGGAAUCAGGUUCUUUUUUUUUUUAUCAAGAGGUUCUUGUUUUGUUUUCUUUUAAAGUCCUGGAUUUUAGGAUCAAAUACCUCAAUUAACUGAACUUUUGGAAAACACAAAUUAGUAGAAGAUUUUAUUUUUAUGGAAGCAUUCAUAGCAAUUAUAAGCUUAUUAUUUUGUCCUUUCCUGGGAAAACAUUCUCAUUCUUCUGUUGUCUUUCUUGCUCUGAAUCUUACUCUUGGACACUAUUUAAAAAGUAUCGUAUCAUAUGUUUAGUUUCUUAAAUCUUGGAUGAUAAGUUAGCUUCGAGCCAGAAAUCUGUUUCAUGGUCAUCAGAGUUGUGUUUAAUAUUCAAUUACAAUUUAUUUCCCUAGAAACAAAUAAUUUUUGUGAUAUUAUCCAUUAUCUGAUGCUUUUAAUGAUUAAUAUCUUAUCAGGUUUUUUUUUUUACCUUGUUAUCUUGUUAGUUUAUUGAACAAUUUGCUUAUGUUUUUGAGUUUUUUGGUUUAACAAGUUAACAUGGAUAAGAUGUCAGGACUGUUUUGGUGGGCUCUGAUUUUUCACUUACUCUUGCGUGUUGCAAGUUCCAACACCUACAGGAAUAAGACUUGGUUAUUGUUGUUUUUUACGGUACCACCUUAUAAAUGUACAAA